UGAUCUGCGCGCGCGCGUGUGUGUAUGUGUGUCUUGUAUUAUAAAGUUUAUAAGGUUUUAUAAUACACAGGUUUAAAACUGUAACUACAUAUGAGUAAAUAUAACUGAAAGGUGCAUAAUCCCACUUAGUAUAGCCUAUACACACACACAAUGACAUUAAAUAAAAAAAAUGAAAUAAAAACAAUAAAAUUAAAUAAAAACACAUAAAAUAAUGAAAUUAAAUACAUAAAUCCACACUUAGGUUAACUAUACACUCUUAAUGCACUGGAUUGAAUGCACAUGCUUCAAUAUAAAGUUAAAAGUCUCCGGAGUGAAAAGGCUGAGAUCUGUAGCAGAGAUUUAGAUCUGUAGCUUCACUAAUCAUCAUAAUCAUCCUCCUCCUUCAGAGACUCGCAGCGCCUCCCUCAUCUGCACAUCAGCCUUAUUACUCGGCCUUUCACGCGCGCUAAAGCAGCUCGCUUUGAAGGGAUUUAGACGGAGCGUUUGACUCGCCUGUCAAUCAGAGGCGUCUGUCCACGCCCACCGGCCGCCGCUCCCCCUAUAAAGGCCGGGGCUCGGCCGGAGCUGCUUCACUCGAGUUUGCGAUCAUGCCUGCAUCAGCUACUGGAUUCGGGAGCUUCUUCCUGGACAGGACUUUGCCCCUGGCCGCGGGCUACCAGCAGCUGCUGCCCGGACCUUACCCCUCUGUGGGCGGCUACAGCUUCAUCCCGCUGCCGCACCCCGGACACAUGGCGCACAUGGCCGGAUCCUAUGACCUGAAGGCCGCGUCUCCGUACCCCCAGGCUCUCCUGGCACGAGCCGCCCCGUACUACCCUCAGUACCGCCCCGCGGUGGCCGCUCACGACCCCAGCCGUGCUGCUAAAGUGGCCAGCCGAGAGAGCACCGGCGCCCUGAAGGCCUGGCUGAACGAGCACCUGAAGAACCCCUAUCCCACCAAAGGCGAGAAGAUCAUGCUGGCCAUCGUCACCAAAAUGAGCCUGACCCAGGUGUCCACCUGGUUCGCCAACGCCAGAAGGAGACUCAAGAAGGAGAACAGAGUCAGCUGGGCGUGCAAGGGCAAGAGCGACGAGGAAGAGGAGGAGGAGGAAGAGGGAGAGAGCGAGGAAGAGGGUUCCUCCUCUCAGAAAGAGCCAUGCUCUGAAGAUGAGGAAAGUCAAUUGGAAGUGGAGGCUCAGGUUGUGGACGUGGAGGGCGUCGACUGUGUUGGAGAUGUAGAAGGAAGUUCCAAACCAGAGCAGGAACAGAUCCAGAGGGACACUUCCAGCCCAGUUUUGGAAAAGAAGAAGAGCAAGGAGGAGUGUGUGUCUCCAAGCCAGCAGUGUAAAGACGGCGCUGAGGUCCAGAAACCCAAAAUCUGGUCUCUGGCUGAGACAGCGACUUCAGAACCAGCGGUGAAGCCCAGUGACGUCAAAGUGUACCCAAGCCCUGGGCCAGACUUUGGCCAGUGGUGGGCAAACUGGGCGUCCAGAGGUGGCUACUUACCUGCUGGUUACUCAGCACAGGACUUUCUCCAGCAGAGUCGGCUGCACUGCUGAUCUGAAAGACUGAAAGACUAUUGAUCUAUCGUUUUUUAUUUUUGCACUUUGAGACGUCAGUUCUGCUGACGAACGGAUACAAAACUGUGCUGGUCAUGAAGUUUACAGAGACUCUUUCGUCCAAUUGCUUGGUUUUUUAAAAAGAACCUGAAGAAAAGAAGUUGGAUUUGAGUGUAAAUAGUUGUAAAUUCUAUUUUGUUGUACACAGUGUAAAUUAUAAAUGCUUUUACAUGAGUUAUGUUGAAUUAUUAUUUUUGCUAAAAUAAAACACUUGAAAAUAUAAAACAACAAAA